CAUAACUACACUAUCGUGAAGCAAAGCGUUUGGCCAUUUCGUGACCUGACGAGGCAGGCAGGCAUAUACACUCUAAUCGGGCUUAAUGGAGCUUCUCUGAACCUAGGUCGUGUUGUAUUACAGAACACUCGUGGUGACGGGGAGAGUGGGUGCAGACGUACAAAACACGACACCAGAUUUGUUGAAUGUUUCAGAGGCUUCGUGGAGUUUUCAAGAAGAUCCUGUCCAUUCCAUGUAAAUCUGUUCCAGGUAUCUGAAUGAAACUUGGUCCUUAAAGAAGCAUGGCUCAUAUACACAUAUAUGAGUCUCAGUAAGCUGGAAGAUCGUUCAGAUGUGAUCAUCUAUCAAUGAUGAAUUAAAGCAACAUCGGACGUUUAUAGGUACCAGAAAGUCAUUAUGUGUGGGAAUGGUUCGUAUUUGUUUGAAACAUUCAAUUCCCACUGUGUAACCUCUGAGGAUCUCGCCAUCAACAUCUGCAUCGCUAUAGCCGCUGUGUUCAUUGUCGUCAUUAACGUCAUGGCCUUGGUGACGUUACGGAGCUGCUCCGACAUGGAAGACCCCUCCAACUACUUCAUUACCAACCUCGCCGCGGCGGACGCCUUGACCGGGAUAUUUGUACUUUACGACACCGUGUACAACGUUCUCCAGUUCAAGAACUACAUCGAGUGUGUGGUGCGAGUUGGGUUCUUCGCCGCCGUCAAUCUAGCUUCUGUUCUGAAUCUUACAACGUUAACGUUAGAUCGCUACGUCAAGAUCACCUGCCCCUUUGCGUACUUACGUCACGUGUCAUUCGUAAAAGUGAAGGUCAUUGAGGGAGUGCUGUGGAGUUUAUCAAUCAUUGUCGGUUCUCUCCCUUUCUUUGGGUGGAGUUCGAUGGACAUUUCCAAAGUGUGCAGCGUCUUCGGGAUUAUGACGUCAUCGUACCAGCUGUUCCUGAUCUCAUUGUUUGCCGUUCCCUUUGUCGUCAUAAUCUACGCUUACGUCAAACUAGUUAUUAUUGCACGUGAACACACUCGGGAGAUUACGUCACUCCAGGCACCGAACGUUAGGGGCAGAAACAUUCUCAAGACGUGGAGGUCGGUGAAGACGGCGUUCAUUAUUGUCGGAGCCUACUUCAUCUGUUGGAUGCCUGUUGGUCUGUUCACGCUGCUGGUGCUGCUCACCAACAUCCGGGCGUCCCUCCCGACGUCCCCAAACGUCGUCUUUACGUACCUCCUUGGUCUCGGCGUCCUCAACAGCGUCCUAAACCCCAUCAUCUACGCCACCAAGAUCCCAGUGUUCAGGAAGCGCCUCAGGGCCGUGUUCUGUGUCAGCAGGGUGGAGCACAUCCACCAGAUGUCUGUCAGAUCCGCCGCGAGUCUGUUCAGAAUGGAACCCAGCUCUCCUAGACGGCAAACAGCGACUUCUUUGAACGAUGACAUUUCUUAACUUUGUAAUGGCCACAGCUAAAUAGCCAAUAUUACUGUGUAGGCAAGAGCUACUACUAAGCGUAAUAGCUAAAAAGUCUAGUAUUACUGUGUAGGCAAGAGUUACUACUUCCGUCCAAUUGCUAAAUAGCUAAUACUACUGUGUAUUACUUAAGGAGAGGUGGGGUGAAAUUGGCUUUAACGUCGCGUCCAAGAUUAGUAUACUUAUAUAGCGUCGUCAAUGCACGUGUGUGUGUGUGUGGCUGCUCUCACUAGUCCGGACUGUCGUUGAUUUUAUAGUGCUAGCCAACUGAGAUACCAAUGCCGCAGUUUGACAUGGUUACCCCACACAGACACAGUAUGCUGACUCCAUGCUGACGAGUCCUAGUUUGAGCCCCUUAAUGCAAGGCAAGGUAACAUCAAGUGCCAUCUGUUAACGUCUUUUGAUAUGACGCGGCCGAGGAUCGAACCCCGGACCUUCCGCUCUCCAUGUCAAAAUGAUGAGAUCUGAUUGGAUCACGUGAUCUUGAUAAAAUACGAUGUUCCCCGCCUGGGAGGGAAAUACAUUUCUGAGCGGGUGAAUAAAUCACUAAUACCCCGCCGCGAAGAAAACAGGAUGCACAUGGAUUUCUGAGCGGGAGAAUAAAUCCCUUAUACCCCGCUUCGAAGCCGCACGUUUUUUCGGAGUCAAUGAAAGUCUCGUGACACAGCACAAGUUAACCUCAGCACAAUCGAACAGCUGAUUUCUAUCUAUUUUCAAUUUGUUUUAAUUCUUUUACAAUGGCAGACGUAAGGUAAACCCCCCGUCUAAAACAUAACGCGGGACGCACAAAACCACAUAUACCCCUCGUGGUACUGCUACCGCUUAUAUUGACAGACGGGUUUAAUGUGCCAUUAUAUUCAAGUCAAUUAUCGAAGUCCCCUAUUUUAUGAUGACUUCAGCUUCACGAUUCCUCACUUUUUAAAUAUUUAAUAUUUCAUUUUCAAGGAUUGUAAAAUCAGCUGGUGUUAAUAAUCCUUUUGUUUUGUUUAUUGAAACGCCAUUGUUUUACAUUAUUACCAGUACAAAUACAUAAUUACGUUACCGAUACACACGUUACUACUGAUAAGGUGUGAACAGAUAAACUUGACAUAUAGAACACAAGGAAGUAGAAAUGGCUAAGCCAGAUACGGGGAGUAGUAUCUGGUACAUACGUUGCAGAAAAACAGAGUGAGUGAGUGUUUGUUUGUUGUUUAACGCCGCACUCAGCAAUAUUCCAGGUAUAUGACGGCGGUCUGUAAUUAAUCGAGUUUGGACCAGACAAUUCAGUGAUUGACAUCAUGAGCA